GAGAGAGAUAGAUUCAGCCUUUUUCAUUGUUUUGCAACACUUAGAGGACUUGGCAGCAAACCAGUUGAAGGAAAAUAUUUUCAAAUCCAAUCCAACAACUUUUAGCUAAAUUGUAAGUAGUGCAAAGUGAGAGGUGGAAAUAGUUAAUUGCUAAUAUCAUUAUGGAUAUUAGCACUAAGGUUGUGCUACUAUCCAGCUUAUACUAUUUACUGAGCAUAAGUUAGGUUUCAUAGAACUGAAAGUAAAACAUUAUGGUAGAUUAUUCACAUACAAUAAAAUCAAAUCCACUCAUAAAGUAAAGUUAGGGUUAAAUCCACUCCAAUUCACAUCAAAUUCUAAUCCAACACUGUCAAAUUCAGUUUAUCAUAGUAAUAUUAGCUGGUAUGGAUGUUGCAUUACCUUUAUCAAGAAAUAUGAAGUUGCUGCUUCCACUCACUGUUUUCCUCUGCCUCCUCAGAAUCAGAAUUGUGCAUGUUCUUAUGUUUCCACAACAGGCACCCUGUCCUGCCAACAACUUCAUAAACACAAUACAUUGGAAUAAAAUAUAAAUACUUAUUCGUCAUUGCAUGUAGAAAAAGGAAAUGGAAGAAAACUAUGAUUGUGUGGUAUUUAUUCAUUCAUUGUUUGUCAUUUAAAUGCAUUAUGGGCCAGUGAUAAAAAUAAUUAAAUAUUUAUUGGGGGAAAGUCUCCCUCUAUCUAACUAUCAUCUAUACAGACUUAUUUUUGAAAGGCUGCAGGGGAGCUAGUUAAUAUCGCCAGUGGUCAUUGGGCAAGAGUACAGGGUAAACCCUGCACAGGUUGCCAGUCCAUCAGAGGAGAAAAAUCUCAUUGUUGAAUGAUAUAAAAAGACAGAAAGUAGAUAUUGAAGCCCAAUGCAAGAACUUCCCCUUUAAGAGACUGUAGCAGCUAAUUUGGUGGCUCACAGCUGUGAGGAAUGAAGCUAAGUGACAUCCCCCCAAAAAAAGUCAGCCGCGUUCCCAAAAAAAGAUUCCAAGCUGCUUCCAAUUAUUAAUCAGUGAGCCAGGUGGCUUUCUGAAACCCUUUUAGAGUUACCAUUGGGGCUGGUGUAUGUAUGAAACCAAAACUGGGGUUUCUUUUCUUAGCAGUUUGUACAGCAAACAUUUUACAGACUGUCUUGCUUCAGGUUUUCUGAACAAAGAAAUGACUUUUGGAUUAUAUUUAAGCAUUAUAUUGCUCUCUCUGAUAACCUUUGGACAGCUUGCAAUAGGAAAUGUCUUAAGAUAUGCAAGUAGAAAUCUUGGCCCUUCAACUCAAGCUGAGACUCUGCACCGCUCUUACCGACCUGUUCCCUCCAGUUAUGAAGGCUCUCUACUGCGAAGAGGUUCUGUGUUUAGCUCAACUUUCCUUGGAGAUUUAUCAACUGAGGUUUCCAAACCAUGGGGCUCAGUUCCUAGCCCAGGUCGAAGUGGUUAUGGCAGGCAAGUAAAUAGUUACAGUCAACCAGGAAGUGUAUCUAGCUACAGGUCUGCCUCAGCUCUCACUCGGCAGCAACAGCCACAAGGUGGCCUGCUCCAUAGGGCUCCAGGAAUGAGGGAACCUUCAUCUCAAGGGGAGAGGCGCUAUGGCUCAAGUGUUGUCUCCAGUGGUGCAAUUGAGAUUCAUGCACCACCUCAGCUGCAGCCCAGUUCACCUGGCACUGACAUACAGUUGACUCCAGAAUCUGCAUCCCAACCAUCCAAUCAACAUCCUGCAUUCUCUGCACCUGCUGUACUCCAGAAUAAGGCAGACAUGUGGGACACUGUUAAGCUUCCGAGUGCAAAGGGUCCACAACCUGCUUCCCGACCACCCAAUCAACAUCCUGCAUUCUCUGCACCUGCUGUACUCCAGACCAAAACAGGCAUGUGGCACACUGUCAGUCUUCCAAGUGCAAAGACAGAAUCCACUGCUAGACGACACCAACACUCUUUGUCAGUGCCUGCUAUGCUGAAAACCAAUCCUGGCCAGUUGGGCAUCUAUACUUCUAGUGUUCGGGCUCCAGAGUCAACUGCCCAGCGACACCAAAAGGCCUUAGCUUUUUCUGCACCUGCUGUACUGCAAACCAAAAAUUUGUGGGGUAGUAGGCCUUCCGCUGACUCCAACAAACGAGUUGGCGCUAACGUCAGGAGCUCUAGACCUGUGUCACCUGGAUACCAUCCUAGAGGGCUGCAAUCAGGCUGCCAUGCCACCCAGCAGCAGGCAAGGUUGUUGGGCUCUCUGUUCUCCUAUGUACCUAAGAACAAGGAUCUUUUGCAAGAUGCCAGUGAAAAUCCACAAAUGAAGCCUGGGUCAAGAACCUCUAGACCAGUUAAUGUGACAUCUCCCUACCAAUGUGGAAGUUAACUACAACUGUCAAACAGAAACGGGCUCCGAGAUCUUAAUUGCAAGUCACUAUCAUUUUGCUGUUGCACACUUGAGUAAUGUCUAUAAAUGCUUUUUCUGUUCUCAGUUUUCCAAUCCUCUGGUCAUUUGUGGAUUCAUACUGAAAUAAACAACUUGAAACUGUA